AUGAAUCCAGCCAUCACCAAUUUAGGGGUCAUGCUUGUCAUGAUGCAAGUUUCCCGUCGUUUAGAUUUAGAAGAUCCAGAUAUUCUCUUCUACGUCAGAGCUGCUUACUUGUCUUGUCAAGCUAUCGCUUUAGCUAUUUACGCUAUUACCAGGGCUAAAAUUUGUGCUAAGAAUGAUUUGACUACUUUGAAAUAUGUUGAACCAGCAAAUGCUAUGUCCGGUGAAACUGAACCAAAGGCCGUUGUUACUACAGUCAGAGAAUACGAUUUAAAACAAGUUAACACUCAAAUCAGAUCUAUUUUCACUUCGUUGGCCAUGAUGGGUUUCAUGCACAUUUACAUGAAGUACACCAACCCAUUAGUCAUGCAAUCUAUCUCUUCUGUCAAGUCGGCUUUAGAAGCUAACAUUGUGAAGAUCCACCUUUUCGGUACCCCAGCUACUGGAGACUUGAAGAGACCUUUCAAGGCUGCGCCAGGUCUCAUGCAAGCAUUAUCCGGUGCUUCAACAGAUGUCAAGACAGACAAGCACUCUAUUGAAAAUGCUGAAAUCAGUGGUGCUGGUGGUAUCAAGGAAGAUUAG